GGCGAACCGACCGCCGUUGCUCGGUGACGCUUGGAUUGACAGGCCAGGGGACCAAUCAAAACGUUCCACUGAAACCUGGCUCUGUUAAAGGCCUUUUACUUCAGUCUUGGAGCUGAAGAAGAAUCAGCAAGCCAACCAUGACCUUAAGAGCAUGCGGUCUGAUUAUCUUCAGGAAGCUGCGGGAGAUCUCCUCUGCCUCUGCUGUUGAGAACAACGUUGAAUACCUCCUCUUGCAGACCUCCUAUGGGACCCACCACUGGACCCCUCCAAAAGGCCACGUUGACCCUGGGGAAGAUGACCUGCAGACGGCCCUCCGGGAGACACAAGAGGAGGCUGGGCUGGACCCCUCCCAGUUCACCAUCCUCGAAGGGUUUAAGAAGGAACUGAACUACACUGUCAGAGGCAAAGCCAAAACAGUCAUCUACUGGCUGGCUGAAAUGAAAGAAAGCAACACUGAGAUCAAGCUCUCGUCAGAGCACCAGGCUUUUCGUUGGCUGAACCUCAGUGAGGCCUGCAAGCUUUCUGAGUACCAGGACAUGCAGAGCGCCUUGAGGGAGGCACAUCAAUUUCUCUGCUCCAAAGUAUGAACGUUUCAAGGGGGAUACAGGAACGUUUUUAGAGGAAUUGCUGAUGUGCUAGUUCCACAAAAAUGGGGGGGGGGGAAGACACUACUGUAAAAUGCAAGUCUCUUCUAAAUAUGUCACAAUGAUCAUGUCAGGUUACUUAAAACCUGGGUAUUUCUAUUUCCAGGGUUUGAUUAGAUGUAUAAUAUUAAACUGUAAACUCAGAAAACAGA